GACGUAUAAUGGACUGGACGGACGCUUCUUCAGGAACAACAACACGGAUACUAUUUCAACCAUCUCGGUAGCUUGGUAGACAAGGUAAAACUGAAAGAUUGACGUUUUAGGCCAUGUUAAUGUACAUUAGCUAAUCGCAGUGUUUAAAACACAUUUCAGUUGACGUUAACUUGAACCUGAUUUGCCUGUUCAAGUUGCAAAUUUGUUAAAGAUUGAUACUGAGCCUAGCACUAGGCUAUUCGCUAAUGCUAGCUAGCUAGCUAACAGCUCAUUAAUAGCACUAGGCUAUUCGCUAAUGCUAGCUAGCUAACAGCUCAUUAAUAGCACUAGACUAUUCGCUAAUGCUAGCUAGCUAGCUAACAGCUCAUUAAUAGCACUAGGCUAUUCGCUAAUGCUAGCUAGCUAGCUAACAGCUCAUUAAUAGCACUAGGCUAUUCGCUAAUGCUAGCUAGCUAACAUCCCUGAUCAUGAGCUCAUUAAACUACUCAUCCCCUGCUGAAGAAGAGGAUGUCUGCUGUCCGGAGAAAGAAGCUCUGGCGCUGAACGUUGUCGUGAAAGACGAAGAGGAGGAUAUUACAGUGAAAGGAGAGAAAGAAGCUCUGGCGCUGAACAUUGUCGUUAAAUUACGAAGAGGAGGAUAUUACAGUGAAAGGAGAGAAACAACCUUUCAGAAUGGAAGAGGAGGCUGUUAUAGGGAAAGAAGAGAAACCAUCAUCUUCCUCUCUAAAAGGUUCUAUUUCAGUAAAGGUGAAGGAGGAAGACGUUUUGGGAGUGAAAGAGGAGGAGACAGAAUAUCAGAUUAACACCAGAGAGAGACAUGACUAUGGUGGAUCCUCUGGGGAGCCUCAACAACAUCCUGAUGCUGACGAGACAGAGAAGAGUCUCUCCAUUUCAGAACACCAGAUGGACAACGCUAGCCCUUCCUCCCUCCCGGAGUCCCUGUAUCGUGCCUCUCCUGGUAGCACGUUACUGCUGGGUAUGAAGAGGUUGUCUGUGCUGCUGGUGGACUGCAGGAAAACAACAGGGCUGAGUGGAACUGUGAGAGGAGGAGAAGAGAAGAAAGGAUCAGAUUUGACACGUCAAAGAGGAAAACCAAACUUGGAGGAACCAAAGACCUCCACAACAUCAAGACGACACCUCUGCUCCCAGAUCAAGUUAGGAAGCCUGAAAAGACCUGAGAGGACACACACAGGAGAGAAGCCGUACCAUUGCACCCAGUGUGGAAAUAGUUUUAGCCGGUUAGGAAGCCUCAAAGCUCAUGAGCGAAUACACACGGGAGAGAAGCCAUACCAUUGCGGCCAGUGUGGAAAGAGUUUUAGCCUGUUAGGAAGCCUGAAAGCUCAUGAGCGAAUACACUCAGGAGAGAAGCCAUACCAUUGCGGCCAGUGUGGAAAUAGUUUUAACCAGUUAGGAAACAUGAAAAGACAUGGGAGAAUACACACAGGGGAGAAGCCAUACCACUGCUCCCAGUGUGGAAAGAGUUUUACGGCGUUAGUUAAGCUGGAAGCUCAUGAGCGAAUUCACACAGGGGAGAAGCCUUACUACUGUUCCCAUUGUGGAAAGAGUUUUAACCAUUUAGUUAACAUGAAAAGACAUGAGAGGAUACACACAGGAGCGAAGCCUCACCAUUGCUCCCAGUGUGGAAAGAGUUUUAAGCGUUUAGACACCCUCAAAGAUCAUUUGCGAAUACACACAGGGGAGAAGCCUUUCCGUUGCGCCCAGUGUGGAAAGAGUUUUAGCCGGUCAGGAAGCCUGAAAGAGCACGAGCGAAUUCACACAGGGGAGAAAUCUUACCACUGAUCCCAGCGUGCAAUGCGUUUUUACCCAAUUAGGACACCUGAAAGAAGACAUGAGACCGCACACGGGGGAGAAGCCUUACAAAUGUUCAGACUGGGGGGAAGGCAUUUUACUCAUCAGUAGCGUAAAAAACAUGUGCGUAUCCACAUAGGAGAGAAUAAUGACUUCUCCUUGUGUGUAAAUAUAUAUUUCACAUCACAUUGACUUAAAAUUCAUCAGAGAACAUACACAGUGCUCCCAAUUGUCUUAUAUUGUUGACUGAGAAUGUGUUUACUUGUUUAUACCACAUGAAAUUGAAUGGUACAAAGUAUACUCAAAAAUACAUUUGUGUGUUUUUAUUAGAAAAUAUGAAUUGAAUAUUGUCGUGUCUUUGCCAUCAUUAAAAGUGAAGACUUAUUUUAUUAAGUCAAUUCUCUAAUUAUUAUUACGUGAUUAAACCAAUCAUGUACAUUUAAUUAACUAGGAAGUCGGGGCACCACGGAAAGACUUCAGAUUACAAAGUUUUACUUUUCCGAAUGUAACUCUUCUGAUAUUUUAUUAUCUUUUCAAUUCAUUUUAUAUUAAUGAAUUAUUCUUUAACACAUCAGUCUCAUUCCAAACGUCGUAAAUUGUUGGUUAUCUGCACGAACCCAGCCUUUUUAAAAAUAAAUCAUCCAUACACCAAUUGGCUUAAUCAUUUAUUAACUAACUAAAUAAUCACAGAAAUGCGCAAACAAACAGUAGAUACUGGUUACUAACGAAUGAUAGGGAAGAUUCCCUACUGGGCUUGGUGGACAAAGGGAAGUGGGUGUGGACUGAGAAACAAACAGUAGAUACUGGUUACUAACGAAUGAUAGGGCAGAUUCCCUACUGGGCUAAGGCGAUAUGACGGCUUGGUGGACAAAGGGAAGUGGGUGUGGACUGAGAAACAAACAGUAGAUACUGGUUCUAACGAAUGAUAGGGCAGAUUCCCUACUGGGCUAAGGCGAUAUGACGGCUUGGUGGACAAAGGGAAGUGGGUGUGGACUGAGAAACAAACAGUAGAUACUGGUUACUAACGAAUGAUAGGGAACAUUCCCUACUGGGCUAAGGCGAUAUGACGGCUUGGUGGACAAAGGGAAGUGGGACUGAGAAAGAAGCGGGGUAGACAAAAGUGUUCAUUACACACAGUUGAUAAGUACAGUUGAAGUCGGAAAUGUACAUACAGUGGG